CUUGCUGUUUCUCGAGACUGUCAUGUAGUUUCUGGAGAGUGUCGUGCAGUGUUGGUCGUAUUAAAGUGUGCUCUCGUUGACAUCCAUGCACAGCCUCCGAUUCGGAGUUUUGAAUCGACUGUUUCUCGGCGCUUGCAACUGGAAGAGAUUUUUAUAUUUUAGUACUUGGGGUCUAAUAUUUAUGGAUUUAGCUCAUUCAUACUUUAAUAUGCGUAUGCACAGCAGUCAAUGUUCUUAAUAUUCGAAGUUAUUUUAAAGGAUAUACGACACUUGAGUACCAGAGUUAUAAAUGUUAAACAUCCUUUAACACCAGGCCUAUAAUAGUCUAGUCUAUAUGUAACAUUCCUUCAUGGUGUUAUUACGUAGGAAAAUUCGGGAGCACGCGAGGACAAGAGUGAGUCUAAAUUGAUUCUAUUCGUGCAGGAUAGAAUAUAUAGUAGAUAAAACUUGACAUGGUUCGUCAUAUUUUGCCAUAUUCUUCGUUUAUUCAGCUUGACAUUUUUAAUACUACAUAAGCACUGUCACGCAGAGAGAGAAAAUGAAGAAUCGCGAAAACUGUUUUAUGAUAAAGUCUCCCAUGUUGGCAUUACCGGAACAUCUUUUGUAUUUAAAGUUUGGAUAUGGAGUUUAUGAGAACCUUCAAUAACAAGAUUUGUUCACAGAACACUGACAUGGAUCCAGAAGGUCUGCAUAUAAACAAACUCAGUGUUUAGCCACAUACAUAACGUUAUAUUUACCUAUAAGGUUUGUAUAGUGUUUGUUGGUACUAACGCGGUGGCUUUUAUUCCAGUCUGUCAGUAUCUAUAUUUUGUUUUAAGAAAUUUUCCAUUUUCUAACGUUGGGUUAAAGAGUUGUUAGCCAAACGAGAUUCCAGUGCGUGUAUAAAUGUUUGUUUUUGUUUUUAAUAUAGUUAGUUUUUGAUAUGGUAGACAAAUCUCAAAGACUGUGCUUUUUGGGUAAAACGAGUCUACUAGGGUGAAAUUACGAAGUUUGUAUACACGAGAAGACAUCGAUGACAUAAGCAGCUUGGUGUCGAAAAGCCAACCCCCUAAACCAUGCUGCGAUGAAUGGUCCACCUUUACCGCCUCGACAACAACGUCCGUCGAAAAAGCAGACGGAGCGACCGCCCACUCCGCCGCGUCGAAAUCCCGCAAAUAUCAAUAGAGGAGCGUUGCAAUCCUAUCCUGAAUCUGCGCGUCUUGUGCAGCAAGAGAGAGCUGACUUGUCUGCACAUGAGCCCAGUGCUAGCAGGGCGUCCCGUGUUAAUUAUUCGACUGUCAGAGACAGAAACGUUAUCGAAUCUACUCACAUUGUAACCAGUACGCCCCUACGGCCACUUCCACCUGUGUCUGUCCGUUCAUCACCCAGUUUGGAUGCUUUCCAGGAGGUUGAAACUUUUUGUCUUUCCAAUAAUGAAGCUCACAGAACUGUUAGUGAAAACGUUCUGUUGCAGCCAGACCAGAAAUAUCAUGAUGAAACACAGUCAAUUCAGGAUCGCACUACGUAUCACCCAGUAGAAAGUUUUUUGACAAGUGACAACGCGAGAAGUAAAAUGGAGCCUGUUUCUCAACAGUUUAAUUCGUUUUUCAUUCCUCCUCCUCCUCCAGGAACCAUGGAGGAUGGAGAAAGGGCAGCAGAAGACAGACAAAACAUGAUGGACGAAGGCCACUCUGACAGUAGCGAAAGUACAGUCUCUUUUUGUUGGAAAGAAGGUGAAGAUUCUUGUCAAGAAAAUACUUCACCAUCCAGAAGUCGAUAUUCUCCAAUGAGUUACGAAGCUGGAAGGCCAUUAUGCAAGGCCGAUAUGAACAGAACUUCGAUUUAUGAUAACGUUACGAGUUGUUUUUCAGAUAGACAUGCAGAUAACAAAUGUUUAUAUUCUUCUGAAGUUUCCCCAGAAAAAGUCUAUUAUGGAGAAAAUCACUUAGAAAAUAAUAAUGAAGCGUAUAAAAGAAGUUUUAAUGGUGUUGCUGGCUACAAACAAAGUGGGCCUUAUAAGGCUCAUAGUGACGAUUAUUUAGCUCCACCUGUUAACUAUACUUUGGAGCACCAUAGACAGACAUCUCCAAUAAAUGGAAGUAGGAGACCUCAAAGAAAUAAUAACAUGGAUUCCCAGGAUGCUACUAAAUAUAGUCGUGGAAGAUUUGGCUCACGUGCUGUAUGUGAUGCACUUGGUGAUUCAUAUUACGAAAGUAUUAAUUUGAAAGGAGAACCUCCCUAUGAUUUACAAUCUAUUCCAAGAGUUUUUUGUAAUUCAGAUAAUGAGGUUGAGAGUUACAAGGUUAAUGAAGUAAGUAAAAGUGGUUCGAGGAGAAAUGGCAACACUGAUAACAGAAGCGAAAAUCACUUAGUUACAUCGUCAGCAGAACUUCUUAGACCUCCUAGUAGAAGAAAAGUCAUCCCGCGUAUUGAACACUACAGAGAAGUAGCUUAUCAAGUGGAGGUGGAGCCUCCCGAGCCAGAACACCCCAGUUGUCGGGCAAACAAUGAAAGAGAUCAGCUGAAAGUGGCAGGUUUUUUCCCUAACAAACCACCAUCAGGAAAUUCACGUCGAAGUUCAACGAGUUCUUGCAAGAGCCCAAUACCAGAAGAUAAGGCAGGACGAUAUGGAAGCUAUGAUGGAUACCAACCCUCUUCUCCAGGUAUAAAUAAUCACCUCAAGAGUCGUGGGGGAAGAAGAAGCUUGGGGACUGUUGGAGACAAGAUAGCAGUUAGCCCCCAGUUCCGUUCCAGACUUGGCAGUGAUGCAGAGAGAAUGAGCGGAGGAGGAACUCCGAGCAGCAGUCGUGGGCCAACACCCCCUCCACCGGGACAUGCUGAUUUGUCCCGUUUUGAAGAAUGGAAUCACGUUGUAUACCGACCUCAAUGCUACACACCCACACGAUGUACAAACAGAACAAAUCGAAAUAGUCUCCCACCUCCCGGAGAUUGCUGUUAUUGGCAUUCUUAUUAUUCCUAUUGUCAUCAUGGAUCCUCGCCGUACUGGUGCCGUUCUGAAAGGAACCCAUGUUGUUCAGGUCGUUGUACUCCGGUUAUUUACGGGCCUUCAAGUCAGAAUGAAGAAAUUGAAGAAUUACAUGAAAGAGUUCAUCGGUUGGAAAUGGAGAAGGAAAAUCUAAUGAUGCAGGUGAGUGUGUUAACAGACCAGGUGGAAGCUCAAACAGACAAGUUGCGGGAACUGGAAGCAGACAUUGAAGAAAAGAAAGAACAAAUUGAUAAUACUGAAGAGAUGCUGCAACAGGAGCUUCUUACCAGGUCUUCACUUGAGAGCAGUAAAUUUGACUUAAUUACAGAAGUUUCCAACCUUCGAUUAAGGUUAUCAACUGUUGAGCAAGAAAAACAGGAUUGUGAUGAAGCAUUUAAGAAAGCUGAGAAUCAGCUGAUUAUGGUACAGGCUCGUUUAGCAGAAAAGGAUGCUGAAAUGGUUUCUUUACAAUCAAGACUUUCUUGCAAUGGGACUGUUACUCCAUCAAUUGACUGUGAUUCUGAGCUGGACAAAUUGAAGAAAGCCCUACAGUCUGUUAUCACAGCAAAUGAUGAAAAGGAAAAGAAAAUUGAAGAGUUAAAAUCAUCACUUAGUAGAUACAGACUUCUCCAUGAUGUAGCCACCACUCAAGGUAAAAAAGAUGAUUUGGCACAUCAAGAUGGAAAGCAGCUUGAUAAAAUGUCUUCCCACGACCUUUCGCUUUCCCCAAGUUCCCUUGCUGAAAGUGGAAAGACAUUACAGUUAGAACCACGUGUAACUGAUAAACCUCCUCCUGUUCCACGGUCUGCGACUUCUCCUGGAGGCCCAGACCCCCAUUCUUCUCCAUUGGCUUGGAGGGAUGGACGUCUUGGAUCAUCCCCUAGCCCUGUGUAUUGUCAGAUAACCCCACCUUCUGCAGAAAAGAGUAGUCCAACUGUGCCUAGAUCUAACAGUGCAGAGAACGUUAGUCCAACCCAGCAGCGGCAAACCCCACCUUCCAAGAGACAUUAUGGAACCAUCCCUCGACAACACGGAGCACAGGUCUUACAGCAGAUCCAUCAACAGCUACGACUACAUCAAGUGGAUGCAUCAACUCCCUCGGAACCACAGCCAUCAUCUCCUGAGACAACAAAAACUUCUCCUGCUACUGUUACUUCUACUACUACCCCUAGCUCAGUGUCCCCAAGUAUUGAUCCCUCGUCUACACCACAGAGUUUUCAGCAUCCUAGUCUGGAUAACUUCCGAUCUCCUCGCACCAAAAGCUCAGGGGUUUCGUUUGGUAAAGGGUUUUUUAAGUUAAAAAAUGGGAAACGCAGCUCCAGUGCACCUGAAUUAGCCCUUCCAGAGUAUGCCGUACACCCCAAUGGUAGAGAAACACCUCGGUCAACCUUAUCAAGAAGUAGAGAAUCUCCUCAGUCCAUGUUAUCCUUACCCCAAGGCAGCCCCAAUACUUCCAGUAAAUCUGAACCCAAGGAAAGAAAAGGCAUUAAGAAAAUUUUUGGAAAAUUGAAACGUUCUGGUUCCCAGAGUAUGGAUUUGGUUGGUGGAGAUUUCUCUCGAAAUAGACUGAGAGCAACCGCAGGACCUCGUCUUGGCUGGUCAGAAGGAACGGGGCCAGAGAAAAUUGCCCCAGAUAUACCUUUUGCUCAGUGGGACACGGAUAUGGUUGCUAAUUGGCUACAUAGAAUUGGACUUAAUAUGUAUGUUAAUGAGUGUAAACGUUGGGUUAAAAAUGGGGACCAUCUCUUAAAGGCAUCACAACAUGACCUUGAAAAGGAACUUGGUAUUAAAAACCCCUUUCAUCGUAAGAAACUCCAGUUAGCUUUUCAAUCCUUGGGCUCAAAGAGUGGUGAUCUUACAGAAGCUGCAGGGAAACUUGACUACCAGUGGGUAACUCGUUGGUUAGAUGAUAUUGGUCUUCCUCAGUACAAAGAUACAUUCUUGGAAGCCAGAAUUGAUGGUCGUAUGCUUCAUCAUCUUACAGUAGAGGACUUGUUUAACUUGAAGGUAUUUAACCAACUACACCACAUCAGUGUAAAACGGGGUAUUCAAGUGUUGCGAGAGAAUUCCUUUGAACCUUUCUGUCUGAAACGUCGCUCUCUUCCUGAUGAGAGUAAGGCUUAUGAUUCACGUGAAGUGGCUCUCUGGACUAAUCAUAGAGUGAUGGAGUGGUUGCGGACAGUGGAUUUGUCAGAAUAUGCCCCUAACCUUAGAGGAAGUGGUGUACAUGGUUCUUUAAUGGUCUAUGAACCUCGUUUCACAGCAGAACUACUGGCAACCCUCCUGAAUAUACCCCCAAACAAGACGUUGCUAAGGAGACACUUGAUCACACACUUUCGACAAGUAGUUGGUUUAGAGUUGAUGCAGAAAAAGCGAGAAGCUGAGGGACAGGCAGGCUAUGUACCAUUAACCCCCAGUGCUAAAGUCAAGGCUGUUCGAAGAGGUCAUUUCACACUGAAGAAGAAACGAAAAAAUAAUGAGGUGGUUUUUGAAGAUUAUGUUUGUCCCAUGGAUAUACCUGAAAAACCACCUAAGUCAUUAGAUAAUGAGUCUGGUCAUAGGAAUGGUGACUCCACUAGUCAGCAGGAACACAAGGAUCAGAAGACUGCCCAUGAAAUUGGUGCUGUAUCUAAAGAUAUAUCUUCCUUAACAAGUAUGCUGAAAAAUGAAAACCUGAUUGCAUCUAUGACAACCACAAAUGUAUGAAAGAAAUUAUAACAGUCCUGCUGAGAAGAACUUCACAGAAAGCUCCAUAGGUUUUAGUUUUGUUUUACAUAAAUCAUUAAUGUGAGAGAUACGAGUAUUAGCAGUGAAUGGUUGGCGAUGUAUAAUGGUGUGUGGUUACCGUUUGGUCAAACUUCAUUGCACUGUUGGAGGAAACACAGGGACUGGUGUUAGGUUUACUUUGAUUAUUUAUAACAGUACUAUCAAUAUGCUAGCACAGUGAUCUCAAAUAAUUACUAAUGACCAGAUUCUGAUGUAUGGAUAAAAGAAACUUGCUCUCUUCUAUUCUAGAUUUUCAAAUUCACAUGUGAUAACAGCAGCUUUUGAAGUUAUUAAAUUGGUUUUCUUAAAUUCCAAGGAACGUAAAUAGUGAUAACUACCCAAGUAACUGGAAUUUCUAGUUAGCUUUCUCAAUAAAUAGGGGAGAUGACUGUUAUUCUAUGUAAGAUCUCAUAAUCAGUUACAUUCAAAGAAAAUUAAUAUUCAGUUGAUGAUGAUAGUUUCUGCAAUAUUCAUAAUUAUCUGUUUUGAAUUUUACAUAAAGGUAAAGUGCAAUAAACCUGGAAGUAGCUAUAGACCUCAUGAUGUGAUUCAUGACAAAGAGCAAUCUUCAAGCAGGCUUGUUUCAAAUUAUGGAAACAUAAUAGCAAAUAUUACCAGGAUUACUAAAAGCACGCAUAUUUAAAGGUACGAGUAGCUAUAUUAAUGAUGAAAGAACAUCUGAAAAAUACUAAAAAAAUUUUUUAAAAAUGACGUUCUGCUAAAUCAAGAGACUUGGCUGUAUAGUAGGCUUAAGGCUAAUUUUUUUGCCUUCAUCAUUCAAACAAAUCAAGCCUUCAUAAAAGUGCCUUAAAUCUUGGACGUUUCAACAACAUAUCUAUAAUAUCAGAAGAAUUAAAGUUAUGAAUCCUUUUAAUGCAGGAAGUAGAAGGCUACCUGGUACUGAAAUGUUUCAACUUUUAAAACCUCCAGCUUUGUUACAAAAUAAGUAUUUUACAAUUUAAACAAAUGUUUGUGAAUUAGUGGUUGGUACCGGUCAUCCAGAUCAAAAUGUUUAAGACAAUUCAAGAUGGAACCAUGUUCCGAAACUACAUGGAAAAUAACUAUAUGUAACCAGAGUCCUGCAGUGUAUUUGAAGGAUUAACUGGUCAAAUUCAAAUACUAAGAAAGAAUUAUGGAAUUUUAGGGCUACUGUUAACCCAAAGUACUGAAUAAGAAAUUGAAAAAAGUAUAGUGUAAGUGUCACAUCUUUAAUUUUUAUUUUAACCUAUUGUAGCAUAAAUACCACAACUUUCUAGUUAUUUGCAUUCUUUAAAGCAGUAUUUGGAAAGUGUAAGUAUUGUUAAGCAGUGAUGUUCAAGCUUGGUAUUAUUUUAAAUGUGAAGUUAUCAAAAUGUAUUAAGGCAAAAAAAUUUUUUUUCUUAUGCAAAUUAUUGAGAUUGAAAUGGAAACAUCCUUUUUAAGGCUUUAGGAUCUAUGUUUUCAGUAAUGAUAUUCUUAUUGACAGCUAUGGAUUUAAUCCAUGUUAAGUAUUAGUUACAAGUGUCUUAGAUUUUAUAAGAAAAUAACACUGGUUUUGACAAUGCAGCUAUAAUUAGUUGAUCUAAUGAGUUAUUGUUUUAGUUGAAAAACAGAAAAUUACUUUUUUUUUUAACAUUUUACAAAGUCUUUGACAAAAACUAUUUUUAUAAUUGAUGUGGAUAGGUAUUACAAAACAUGAUUUUUUUUUAUAGAAUUUAAAAUUUUCUGCCUGAUUCUAUCAAAUAACUCCAGAAUACUACAGUUAUUUUUAUAUUUAAAUGCCAAAAACUCGAGAAUUACUCAGGAUUGCCAAAUGAAGAAGAAUCAAUGAAAAAUAUAUCUAAUCGUAAUAUUUUUUAUCAACAUGUGGAAAUAGGGGUAAGGUGGUAUGUUAUCUCCACUGUUAAAACAGUUACAAUUUGACCAUGGAAAAUAAAUUGGUAUAUUUCUUUAGAGUAAGAAGCAUAAGAUGGCCUAGUAGAGAUAAGGUUAUUUGUUCUCAUACUUUACAGGUUUUUACAAACAGAAACAAAGUAAUUUUAUACCCAAAAUUAGGAUUAUUGAGUAUGAUCAUGAUUAAUAAAGUUGGAUUUCUUAGAAACAAAAUAAAAAAUCUUGUAUGUAUA